CUCUAUAAAUAUUGAAGCUCAGCGGUCUUCUGUCUUCGUCUAGGGUUUCUUUCUCUCGCCGCCUCUUGCCCAUAGUUGAUCGCGAGAGAAAUCUACGAAAGCGUAAAAGAUGGAGCAGACCUUCAUUAUGAUCAAGCCUGAUGGCGUCCAACGCGGCCUGGUUGGCGAUGUCAUCGGACGAUUCGAGAAGAAAGGUUUCUACCUGAAAGGGUUGAAGCUUAUAACCGUGGAGCGGUCCUUCGCUGAGAAGCACUACGAGGAUUUAUCAGCGAAGCCCUUUUUCGCUGGUUUGGUGGAGUACAUCAUAUCUGGCCCUGUGGUGGCCAUGGUUUGGGAGGGUAAGAAUGUUGUUGUGACUGGUCGGAAGAUGAUUGGGGCUACCAAUCCUUCUAACUCGGAACCCGGGACCAUUCGCGGUGAUUAUGCAAUUGAAGUUGGGAGGUAACAUAUAUUUCAUUUUCCUCUUGCUCUCGUCUUAUGUUCUGAUUGAAUAUUUUUUUCUGUUGAUAAUUGUUUGAAUUGGUUUAUGGCUUUCUCCUAAAAGCACUUUUGUUGAACAGAUUAUCAUGGUGGUUCUUGUUUUUUUAUCUUAAACCGUUGCUUUGUUUACUUAUGUGAUCUGUGUAUUAUUUGGUGUAUCUAUCGCCUGUAUUGGUUUGCUAGAAAGUUGUGUUCUCGCGGAGACUGAUUUACCAUUAGGGCGACCAUAUUAUACAUGACAAUGAGGGCUCUCGCUAAGUACAGUGCUUAGAUUUUUAUUUGUAACAUUGUGCAUGAUUUCUAUAUGUACUGAAAAAACAUGAAUAGCUAAUACAGAGUGUUUUAACAAAAGGAUUUUGAUAGGAAAUACUUGAAUAUUUCAGGUAAAUCCUAACAAGAUCGAUAAAAACAGCGGGAAAAACUCAACAAUUUCAAUGGAAACAAUAAAAAAUAAUAGAUUUUAUUGUAGGAAUCAAAGAUACAAUUGAUCCUCAAUUCCUGAGGAGAAUUGUUAUCUCCCAAUCUCUAGAUGAAUCUAGAGCCCAAGACAUCAAGAAUAAACUCCAAGAGAACACAAUAGUCAAGCACUCUUCCUAUUUAAUACAUAGUUCCCUAAUUUCAAAUACCGAAUUCAAGUUUUCCCUCCCUCUCCUAGCUGCCCCUUACUUCUUUCCCAAUUGGCUUACCUAGUGGGCUCAUUAGGCUUGGGCGGCAAUCCCCCGAAAGGGGCUGUUUGGUCCGUCUCUUGUAAUAGAGAACCGGUCCUUGCAAGGCCAGUUGGGCCAGUUCAGGCUGAACCAGCUUAAGAGAUUUCCUAGUUUUUACAUCAGCUUUGUUUAUAGUAUAUGUAUAAUGUAUGGUAGGUUAGUUUUUUGUCUCUCCAGAUUCCAGAUGAUGCAUUUGGUUGUUUGCUUAGCAUGUUGAGCUUGGCUUCCUAUACGAUGAAUUAUAAUGUUUUUUAGAACCAUUUUGUUCUAUAGUUUACAUUUUUUAAUUAAUUUCAAGGAAUUUUAUUUGAUGAAGUUAAUCUACUUGAUGUAUGCAGAGAAAGCUAUGCCAAAGUUAAUCUUCUUGUGCAUUGCUGGCUACUUGCUUCAUCUGAUUCAUCUCCUUCGAUAUUGAUUUUUUUAAACCUUUAUAUAAAAUUGUUCCCACCUUCACUUUUACCAUUACAUUAUAAAUAAGAAUGUCAAAUAGGCUCUUCUUAAGUUCACUCAAAAUGAACUUUCAUACCUGUUGUACAUCCCUGGGAUCAAUUACUUUUUGUUGAUUUUCUUGGGGGAAAAAUUGGGAGAUGAUCCAAAAUUUGUUCACAAGUUUUUAAACCUUUCGAUCUACUUUUGUGCAAUAUGAGAAUUUAUUGAAUAUCGACACUUAUAUCAAAGCAAAUCCAUGGGUUUAAUAAUGCAUCAUGAAUAAAUUUGGACAAGUAUCUCAUAACCCAAAUUUUCUCCAGUUUUUUUCUACCUAAUUUCUACUUGCUGCAUCUUGAUGUUUUGUCUGUAUGUUCAUAUCCAUUGUACAGAGAUCCAUCCAAAUUCUCUUAAGGUUCUGUACUAGCUGAUUUUGUUCCUGUAUGUAGUAGCAAUGCACAGCUCUAUUGAAAUACCAGCUUGACAAAGCUGAUGUUUACCUCGAAUGGUUGAAAUACCUUGUUUCUUGUAUUGAUUGGGAGAAAUAAUUUAGGAGGAACUUGCUCUUUUAGCAUCUAUUACUAUGUUGACUCAGAUGUUCUUGCC